AUGUUUGGAGUCCACACACCACAGCAUCCUGAGAACUUCCUGGGAACAGGGUAUAGGAACCCAGUGCUGUCAGCCUCACUCAUCCUCCUGUCCACAUGUGGGAUAUUUCAGGAUUCAGUGGCCUUUGAGGAUGUGGCUGUGAACUUCACCCAGGAGGAGUGGGCUUUGCUGGAUCCUUCCCAGAAAAAUCUCUACAGGGAAGUGAUGCAGGAAACCGUGAGGAACCUGGCCUCCAUAGGAAAAAAAUGGAACAACCAGUACAUUGAAGAUGAGCACCAAAAUCCUAGGAAAAACCUAAGAAGACUUAUAGGAGAGAGACUCUCUGAAAGUAAAGAAAGUCAUCAGCAUGGAGAAGUUUUGACGCAGGUUCCAGAUGACACACUGAAGAAGAAAACUCCUGGAGUAAAAUCAUAUGAAAGCAGUGUGUGUGGAGACAUUGGCAUGGGUCUUUCAUCCCUUAAUAGGCACCUCAGAGCCUUUAGUGAUUCCAGUAGCCUUGCAAUACAUGGAAGAACUCACACUGGGGAAAAGCCUUAUGAAUGUAAGGAAUGUGGGAAAGCAUUCAGGUUUCCCAGUUCUGUUCGUAGACAUGAAAGAAUCCACUCUGCAAAAAAACCCUAUGAAUGUAAGCAGUGUGGGAAAGCGUUAUCUUAUCUUGUAAGCUUUCAAACACACAUGAGAAUGCACACUGGAGAGAGACCUCAUAAAUGUAACAUAUGUGGGAAAGCCUUUUUUUCUCCCAGUUCGUUAAAAAGACACGAGAAAAGUCACACUGGAGAGAAACGCUAUAAAUGCAAGCAAUGUGGUAAAGCCUUCAAUUGUCCCAGUUCCUUCCAAUAUCAUGAAAGGACUCACAGUGGAGAGAAACCCUAUGAGUGUACACAAUGUAGGAAAGCCUUCAGAUCUGUCAAGUACCUGCGAGUACAUGAAAGAAAACACACUGGAGAGAAACCCUAUGAGUGUAAGCUAUGUGGUAAGGGCUUUAUUUCUUCCACUUCCUUUCGCUAUCAUGAAAAGACUCAUACUGGAGAGAAACCUUAUGAAUGUAAGAAAUGUGAGAAAGCCUUCAGUUUUGUCAAGGAUCUUCGAAUACAUGAAAGGACACACACUGGAGAGAAACCCUUUGAAUGUAAACAAUGUGGGAAAACCUUCACUUCUUCCAAUUCCUUUCACUAUCAUGAAAGGACUCAUACUGGAGAGAAACCCUAUGAGUGUAAGCAAUGUGGGAAAGCCUUCAGGUCUGUCUCAAUCCUUCAAAAGCACGUACGAACUCACACAGGAGAGAAACCCUAUGGAUGUAAGCAAUGUGGUAAAGUCUUUAGAGUUGCCUCACAACUUAAAAUGCAUGAAAGGACUCACACAGGAGAGAAACCCUAUGAGUGUAAGCAAUGUGGAAAAGCCUUUAUUUCUUCUAAUUCUAUUCGCUAUCAUAAAAGGACUCACACUGGAGAGAAACCCUAUAAAUGUAAACAAUGUGGAAAAGCUUUCAUUUCUUCCAACUCUUUUCUCUAUCAUGAAAGGAUUCACACUGGAGAGAAACCCUAUGAGUGUAAGCAAUGUGGUAAAGCCUUUAGAUCUGCCUCAAUCCUUCAAAAGCAUGUAAGGACUCAUGCUGGCUAGAAACUCUGAUGUAAGCAAUAUGGGUGA